AUGCCUCACAGAGUACCUCCCGAAGAACAACCCGCGCUUGAAAGACUUUUGGGUAUCCGAGCAAAGCUCUCGGUUGUCAAACGUGACCGUUCAAGCUAUCUUAAAUUAGAGGAUAUUAUGGCGAUUCGAUACGAAAUUGAACAAGAGAUGAAGGCAUUGAGUCAGGUUAGAGGUGGUUGUCUUUUAGACGAAUCUCGCGAAUUGAACAGAGCAGACGACAUUCUGGACGAAGUCUUACAAAUGUUGAGUUUAUGUUUCUUGUCUUUGGGAAAAAAGAGAGAAGGGACCGCUGUUUACUCUCAAGUGGUUGCCAUCAAGCAUAUAUUCGAUCGUUUACAAGAAUUUGGUGUUUACGAGGAGGAGUAUUUGGAACCCUACAAACUUCGAUUAGACGAAAUUGAUAAGCUCAUCAAUGUAGACGGAUGUCCGGAUCUAUCAGACAUUGUUAUGCAAGUACUGCGAUAUCAAUACAGACAAUGCAGACGUAUUUAUCAAAAUCUAAUUGACACCAUUCACGAAGUUGCACCUGAAUUGAUCCCCAUCAGAGAUAAAUUAUUACGUAUCAGACGUAAUCUUGCCUCUGUCUGUUGUAGAAGUCAUUUCUCACCAAAUGACAUCAAACCAUUACAGGACAAAAUUCGUGCCAUUGAUAAUAUGAGAAUUGACGGUAAAUUUGUUGGUGAGGAUGGUGUGACUAUUCCAGCAGGUCAAGGCGUCUUGGUCAGUUUGCUUGAACAGCUUUAUUACUGGUCGCAUGAUCUUAUCAUUGUCUGCAGUGCCGAUUUCUCUUCAUCACUUCAAAGUGUACGUGAACGUCUCUUGGGUAUAAAGGCUGAAUUGGAACGCUUAGAAUUAACUCACAAAUGGACCUUGCGACAAACAGAUUUAUUCACCUAUCAACAUCAACUGCAUGAUAUUGUCAAAAUGAGAUACAAUGUAGCCAACGAAGAGACAAAUACUAGACCUGAGUUACACGGCAAGUUCUUGGAUGGCAGUGGAGAGGCGCCUGAAGGUCAAACCAUUUUGGAGUUCUUGCUUCACAAAUGUUACAGAUUGAUCUUUGUCCUGUUAAGCGAAAGCGCCCCUGUUUCAGAGGCACUUGCUCCAGUAUACAAUCAACUUGUCACAGUACGUCAUUGUCUAUUAGCGGUGAAGCAUACAGGUGCUCCUUGCUCCCCGGAAGAACUCUAUCCCUAUCAAAUGAAAUUAGCCAGCAUAGAAAAAGUACGCAAAGACGGUAACUUUUAUGAUGAUCGAGGACAAAUCCCCGAAGGUCAAGCUAUUUGUGUUGAUAUCCUCGAAGAUUGCUACCAAAUUUUGGAGUCGUUGCGUGAGGAAACACCAGGCAUUGAUGAACGUUCAUCAUACAUUGAGGAUGGCACUAAAACAAAAUAGAAACCUAUAACUAACAAACCUUGUAAUAAUAUUAUGUAAUAAAUCCUUUUGUACUAUGUCUUUCUUUUUUCUUUAAUGAUGAAAUAAAACGCUCACAAGCAUGUUAAUCUUAGACUGCUUUUUUAUAUCUUUUAUUUCUCUGUGUCAAAUAAUCCCAAAACGAGCAAAAUGACUAUAGGCGCCAGAACAAGUCUUGUACUUUGGACAUUUAGUUUGGCCAGCAUCCUCAUCUCGAACCAAAACAAGCUCGACCGAUUAGCUUAAAACCAAAAUGAAAAAGUGAAAAAAGAAAUGAGGGUCAUUAAACAAAACGGCACGAAUAUUCACCUUGACUAUCUGUGUAUUCACUGUGAUAGAAAGUGCAUAAUAGUUCUUUUCAUGACUUUGUAGUGAAAAUUCAGAAUUA